UUCGCCCCGUCGGUAGUGUCCUCCCGUCGAUCGACACCGAAGAAAAUUCGAAUACGAAUGCUACUACGGUGGUAGCUCAGUGGUUGCAGUCGAUGUCAAGCGGUGUUGUUCGUAUCGUGUCGGCCAAUACGGUUUUCGCGUAGUGUGACAUUGCCGUCAUACGUGGGGCCCCCCACCUGUUCCGCCGAAAACAAUAAAAAAAUAAAAAUAAACUUAUUCUUUUUUUUGUUAUAAUUUUCAUUUUAAUUUUUUAAUUUUUAAUUUUGUAAUCUUAUACUGCAUAUUAUUAUUGACAUAAUUACUAACAUAACUACUGCCUACUGCUCGUUUCUUCCACGUGUCCGAUGGCGGCCUUGUUCCGGUCAUCUUCGUCACCUUACACAAUAUUUGUUUAUCUGUUACUCAUCCAUAUCGUCCGAAGUUUGCACAACGUUACCAUACAGAUCAUACCUCCAGCAGUAGAAAGAGGACACGAUGUCAUGAUAUAUUGCAAUUACAAUUUAGACGGAGCUCCAAUGUUGUCGGUCAAAUGGUAUAGAGGGGGAUACGAAUUCUAYAGGUACUCUCCAGGGAUGUUACCCAGAACGCAGACAUUUCCAUUUCGUGGGCUUAAUGUAGACUUAUCUGAAUCAAAUGCCACACAAGUAUUUCUGAGGGAUGUCGAUUUCAAUCUGUCUGGAAAGUUGAGCUGUGAAGUAACAACUGACGGACCUUCAUUAAAAACUGAGCUCGUCUCAAAACAAAUCGUAGUUGUGGAACUACCUAAAUCAAAACCAGUAAUUGUGACGGAUAAAGACAAAUAUGAUCCAGGUGAUAAUCUAAUAGCAAAUUGUACAUCACCACCUUCUAAACCUGUGGCCAGUUUAAAAUUCUUUUUAAACAAUAUGCUAAUUGAUAAUCCGAAAGUUACGAAGUACACAUUUCCAAAUUCCUUGAGAUCGAGCAAGUUAACGGUAACUCUGAAAUUAGAUCAGAGUCAUUUCAAAGACGGCCGUAAGCUUUUACUACAGUGCACUGCUCUAAUAAAUUCUUUGUACAAUCAAACUUCGGAACUAAGGUUACCGAUAAAAUCAACAGAGCCAGUGCCUGAAAAAGUUACGUCCCCGAGUGUUGGAUGUCAGGUAGUGUCUUCUAUCAACAGUUCAACGAUGAUCACUGCUUCAGUCUUGUUAUGGAACGUGUUCAGAUAGUCUGAAUGUGGACAUGCAUACAUAUAUAUAUAUAUAUUAUGAAUCUUGUAUUUCACACUUUUGCAUGUAAAUAAAAGUUUAAAUUGUAAAAAAAACACAUCGAAUAAUACUGCAAAGUGGUAACAAAAUAUUGCCACAUGACAGAAUUCAAAAAAGAUACAACCAGCGUGAUAUAUAUUUUUUUUAAAGUAGAGUGAAUUCGAUUGUGUGUUAAAUAUU